CGGAAGCGGGGUUGGUGGCCCGGGCCGUCGCGGGCCAUGGAGGGUCGGGGCGGCGGAGCGCCGGGCGAGGAGCCGGCGGAGGAGGCCGAGUUCCAGGGCGGCGCCUGGAGCGGAGACAGCGGCAACGUGUCCCAGAGCCACAGCAGCGCCUCGGGGCCGUGGGAGGACGAGGGCCCGGAGCUGGGCGCGCCGGGCCGCGACCUGCCGCUGCUGCGCCGCGCCGCCGCGGGCUACGCCGCCUGCCUGCUGCCCGGAGCCGGGGCGCGGCCCGAGGUCGAGGCCCUGGACGCGAGCCUGGAGGACCUGCUCACCCGGGUGGACGAGUUUGUGGGCAUGCUGGACAUGCUGCGCGGCGACUCCUCCCACGUGGUCAGCGAGGGCGUGCCUCGCAUUUACGCGAAGGCCACCGAGAUGCGGCAGGUGUACAGCAAGAUCGACAGACUCGAGGCCUUCGUCAGGAUGAUCGGCGCCAGCGUGGCCAGGAUGGAGGAGCAGGUCGCCAAGGCGGAGGCCGAGCUGGGGACUUUCCCCAGUACGUUCAGGAAAUUCCUGCACACAAUUAGCGUGCCCUCCUUCUUCAACAAGGCUUCCUCCAGCAGGCCCCAGCAGACCGGCUACGAACCCCCCGUCCUGUUUCGGACCGAGGACCACUUUCCCUGCUGCAGCGAAAGACCUCAGAUCUGAGUCUGCUGGACGACACUGCGAGAGGACGCUGAGAUUACCUCAGUGUUAAUUAAAUCAAUUGAAAGUCCUGUUACUAGACCUACAUGAUAUUGGAGUAUGGAAUUUUAAAGGUUCUUUUUUGCACACUGUAUUUCUCACUACCUUCAUUGUUUCACGUAGGAUGUGUGAUUUUCUAUGUCUUCCAAA